GACGUCAGCAGGCGGCGCGCUGUCUGCACUGCGGCACAGAGCCGCGGCUUGCUCUCAGGACACGGGUCGCUGGCAGGUUAGCUGGCUGCGCGGCCGCCUCACUUCGCGCACGCGCCGCUAGGCUGGAGGAGUCGAUUUGCACUGCUCCGGGUGUCGGCUCGGGCGGGACGGGCGGUUCUGCGUCCCCUCUCUAGUGUCAACCUGGGGCUGAAUCUUCAACCUGUCAAAGCCUUCUUAAUUACGUCUGAGAAAAGUACGAAAAUAGGUGCCAUUUUAAAUUCCCAGACAAGGAAAAACCAAGGAUUAGAAAUUAAGUAGCUUGCCCAAGGCCACACAUCAGAUCCUGAUUGAGUCAAUGCUUUACAUUCUCAGUCCUCUGCAUAAAGCUGAGAGAUGCCUACUGCUGAGAGUGAAGCAAAAGUAAAAACCAAAGUUCGCUUUGAAGAAUUGCUUAAGACCCACAGUGAUCUAAUGCGUGAAAAGAAAAAACUGAAGAAAAAACUUGUCAAGUCUGAAGAAAACAUCUCACCUGACACUAUUAGAAGCAAUCCUCACUAUAUUAAAGAAACUACACGUGAUGAUCCUGACACUAUUAGAAGCAAUCUUCCCCAUAUUAAAGAAACUACAAGUGAUGAUGUAAGUGCUGCUAACACUAACAACCUGAAGAAGAGCAUGAGAGUCACUAAAAACAAAUUGAGGAACACACAGUCAGCAACUGAAAAUCCUAAUGGUGAUGCUAGUGUAGAGGAAGACAAACAAGGAAAGCCAAAUAAAAAGGUGAUAAAGACGGUGCCCCAGUUGACUACACAAGACCUGAAACUGGAAACUCCUGAGAAGAAGGUUUCUACACACCAGAAAAUGCAUGCAAAGCCACAGCCAGGUGUUGAUCAUCAGAAAAGUGAGAAGGCAAAUGAGGGAAGAGAAGAGAAUGAUUUAGAAGAGGAUGAAGAAUUGAUGCAAGCAUAUCAGUGCCAUGUAACUGAAGAAAUGGCAAAGGAGAUUAAGAAGAAAAUAAGAAAGAAACUGAAAGAACAGUUGACUUACUUUCCCUCAGAUACUUUAUUCCAUGAUGACAAAUUGAGCAGUGAAAAAAGGAAAAAGAAAAAGGAAGUUCCAGUCUUCUCUAAAGCUGAAACAAGUACAUUGACCAUCUCUGGUGACACAGUUGAAGGUGAACAAAAGAAAGAAUCUUCAGUUAGACCAGUUUCUUCAGAUUCUCAUCAAGAUGAUGAAAUAAGCUCAAUGGAACAAAGCACAGAAGGCAGCAUGCAAGAUGAUACAAAACCUAAACCAAAAAAAACAAAAAAGAAGACUAAAGCAGGUUUGCUCUACAAAUUAAAUGAAAAAUUGUUUGCAGAUAAUAACGAAGAUGUUGAUGGUGAUGGUGUUCAUGAAAUAACAAGCCGAGAUAGCCCGGUUUAUCCCAAAUGUUUGCUUGAUGAUGACCUUGUCCUGGGAGUUUACAUUCACCGAACUGAUAGACUUAAGUCAGAUUUUAUGAUUUCUCACCCAAUGGUAAAAAUUCAUGUGGUUGAUGAGCAUACUGGUCAAUAUGUCAAGAAAGAUGAUAGUGAACGGCCUGUUUCAUCUUACUAUGAAAAAGAGAAUGUGGAUUAUAUUCUUCCUAUUAUGACCCAGCCAUAUGAUUUUAAACAGUUAAAAUCAAGACUUCCAGAGUGGGAAGAACAAAUUGUAUUUAAUGAAAAUUUUCCCUAUUUGCUUCGAGGCUCUGAUGAGAGUCCUAAAGUCAUCCUGUUCUUUGAGAUUCUUGAUUUCUUAAGCAUGGAUGAAAUUAAGAAUAAUUCUGAGGUUCAAAACCAAGAAUGUGGCUUUCGGAAAAUUGCCUGGGCAUUUCUUAAGCUUCUGGGAGCCAAUGGAAAUGCAAACAUCAACUCAAAACUUCGCUUGCAGCUAUAUUACCCACCUACUAAGCCUCGAUCCCAUUUAAAUGUUGUUGAGGCAUUUGAAUGGUGGUCAAAAUGUCCAAGAAAUCGUUACCCAUCAACAUUGUACGUAACUGUAAGAGGAAUGAAAGUUCCAGACUGUAUAAAGCCAUCUUACCGCUCUAUGAUGGCUCUUCAGGAGGAAAAAGGUAAACCAGUGCAUUGUGAACAUCACCAUGAGUCAAGCUCGGUAGACACGGAACCUGGAUUAGAAGAGUCAAAGGAAGUAAUCAAGUGGAAACGACUCCCUGGGCAGGCUUGUCGUAUCCCAAACAAACAUCUCUUCUCACUAAAUGCAGGAGAACGAGGAUGUUUUUGUCUUGAUUUCUCCCACAAUGGAAGAAUAUUAGCAGCAGCUUGUGCCAGCCGGGAUGGAUAUCCAAUUAUUUUAUAUGAAAUUCCUUCUGGACGUUUCAUGAGAGAAUUGUGUGGCCACCUCAAUAUCAUUUAUGAUCUUUCCUGGUCGAAAGAUGAUCGCUACAUCCUUACUUCAUCAUCUGAUGGCACUGCCAGGAUGUGGAAAAAUGAAAUAAACAAUACAAAUACUUUCAAAGUUUUACCUCAUCCUUCUUUUGUUUACACGGCUAAAUUCCAUCCAGCUGUAAGAGAGCUGGUAGUUACAGGAUGCUAUGAUUCCAUGAUACGGAUAUGGAAAGUUGAGAUGAGAGAAGAUUCUGCCAUAUUGGUCCGACAGUUUGACGUUCACAAAAGUUUUAUCAACUCACUUUGUUUUGAUACUGAAGGUCAUCAUAUGUAUUCAGGAGACUUUACAGGGGUGAUUGUCGUUUGGAAUACCUAUGUCAAGGUUAAUGAUUUGGAACAUUCAGUGCGCCACUGGACUAUAAAUAAGGAAAUUAAAGAAACUGAGUUUAAGGGAAUUCCAAUAAGUUAUUUGGAGAUUCAUCCCAAUGGAAAACGUUUGUUAAUCCAUACCAAAGACAGUACUUUGAGAAUUAUGGAUCUCCGGAUAUUAGUAGCAAGGAAGUUUGUAGGAGCAGCAAAUUAUCGGGAGAAGAUUCAUAGUACUUUGACUCCAUGUGGGACUUUUCUGUUUGCUGGAAGUGAGGAUGGUAUAGUGUAUGUUUGGAACCCAGAAACAGGAGAACAAGUAGCCAUGUAUUCUGACUUGCCAUUCAAGUCACCCAUUCGAGACAUUUCUUAUCAUCCAUUUGAAAAUAUGGUUGCAUUCUGUGCAUUUGGGCAAAAUGAGCCAAUUCUUCUGUAUAUUUAUGAUUUCCAUGUUGCCCAGCAGGAGGCUGAAAUGUUCAAACGCUACAAUGGAACAUUUCCAUUAUCUGGAAUACAUCAAAGUCAAGAUGCCCUAUGUACCUGUCCAAAACUACCCCAUCAAGGCUCUUUUCAGAUUGAUGAAUUUGUCCACAAUGAAAAUUCUUCAACAAAGAUGCAGCUAGUAAAACAGAGGCUUGAAACUGUCACAGAGGUGAUACGAUCCUGUGCUGCAAAAGUCAACAAAAACCUCUCAUUUACUUCACCACAAGCAGUCUCCUCACAACAGUCUAAGUUAAAGCAGUCAAACAUGCUGACCGCUCAAGAGAUUCUACAUCAGUUUGGUUUCACUCAGACCGGAUGGGCACCACCUGGAACCAAGCAAGCAGCUCUUCAUGUUUCCUCCUCUGGGGGAAAAAUGAAAUAGCACUUGUAUCACAAAAAUAACAGUUUUUUUUAUUUCCUUUGUAAAUCCUUAUGUCUCAAAGUAACUUUUUAAAAAAUUAAAUCUGUGACAAGAAAUUUUUAGUUUUUAAACAUUUUAGUUUGUGUCUACUGAAAGCUCUGGAAAUGCAGGAGGAGGCUAUCUAAUUAAGCUCUCAUUUACCCUUAGGUCAUAAUCUGCUAAAACUAUACUCAGAAUAGCCCUAAGGUUUCCCUUAGAGAAGUGAAGUGCAUACUUUUGCAUUUUGUGGUUUAGUCAGUUUGGUCUGGAUAGUGAACAGUCUGUGAUGUGAUAUCAUAGAAUUUACUGGUAAUGUUUUCUGGAAAUGAAUAUCCAUCACUUAUUGAAGAUGUUAACUAACAAUGGAAAUUAGGUUUAGGAACCAGACCUUCUGGUAAUGAUAGAGACUUAGAGAUAAUGUUGAUUUGUAUUUUCUAGAAUUUUAAAUGCACAUUUUUAAGAAGCCUUUUCUUUGAAUGAAAAGUGAAUGAAAAUGUAAAGAAUCACUGUGUUGUUCUUAGUCAGCAACUUGCCUACCAGUGUGAGAGCAAAGUUAUUGAGAAAUAUGGAAAGUGACAAAUGACUAUAUGCGUGACUGGUCAUUUUUUUUUAAACAAUGUAAGAGAUUUUUGUGUUAUAAAUGGUUAAUAAGUAAAAAGUGGAACAUUGUUCUUAUUUCAGACAAUUUACUUUUUUCCUCAACUUUCUCUAAGAAAACAUUCAACUGUAAUUUGUAAGGAAUAAAAGUUAAGAAUGAUUUCUAACUGAUUUCCAUCCUUUUUUUGAGAAGAACCAGAAGUACCACAUUUUAAUAGAAGUACUCUAAUGAAAACUGUUAUUCAGUUUAAAAAAUAAAAACAUUUUUAAUAUUUUCAAAAAUUAAUUGAAGCAGUUCAUCAGGCAUUGUUUAUGGAGAGCCUACUAUGUGACAGAGACUCUGCCAAGCACUGCGAGAAAUGGAAGAUGAAAGCCCUCAGAGGCUUUCCAGUCUAUCUGGGGAGUCCAGCAGGCAAAGAAAUAGUUAUAAUAUGAUGGUGGUAAAUUCAACAGGGCAUGCGUAUAAAACACUGUGGCAGCACAGAGGGGAGAGUAAUUCCGAUUACAUGUAGCAUCCUUAUAAAGUGCACUUAGUUUUAUGGCCUUGUUUAGAAGUUUAUCUUGCCCAUGCAAUAUACAUCAAUAUCAUCUAUUUUGGAGUUCUCUAAAUGAUAGCUUAGAACUCAGAAUCUGGAUUUUGUUGCUGGCCUUUUGUAAGGCUCAUGUGUCACAAGUCAUAUAAUGAUCUUAGUAUGCUUUCUUCAAAUCUGCCUCCCAAGGAUCUUACAGUACUCUGAGAAUAAGUGAGUUUAUACUUAGUAGGACUCCAGUUUAUUUCAUAUUAAUGUCUAUGUGGGUGUGUUUGUAUUUCAUAUUAAUGUCUAUAUGGGUGUUUGUAUGUAUAUGUGUUAUUGUAUAUACUUGCCACUUUUUUAAAAGGAAUCAAGUCUUUCACAUCUCAUUGCUGUUAAAUUUGUCUGAGAAAUAUAGGGCAUGAACAGGUGUUUUGUUUUGGCCAACUUAGAAUCAGUGAAGCUUGUUUUUUGUGGGAGUCCACUUUUCCUUUUUUUUCCCCUCCUUCAGUAGUGACAUUAUGAGUCAUAAUGUUAUCUCAGUCUUUUUAGUCUGAUUUUGAAGUGAAGAUUUAAUGAAGAGUUGAAAGUAAAACACUUUAAAAGCUAAUGUAAAAGGCAGAUAUAAAUGCACAUAUAACAGGCAAAUUAAUGUACUUCAUGUUCACUGAACUACUACAGGGAAAAAAUAACAUAAUAAGCAUAUCUUUAAAAAUGACUUCUCUUUGCUUUGGAUAUUAAAAUCUUUUUCUAAAUCAUCUUGCUUAUGUUCAAAGUUUAAAUUUGAAAGUUUUCCCUAGACCUUAAAAUGUCUCUUUUAUGGAAAGACCUGGAAAAAAUUGGUUCACACCAUCUCACAUUCUCAAUACCAUACCAAUGUAAUAGACCAAAAAAUGUUUUCCAUCAUUAAAUCCCUUCUUGUUUUAACUUUGUACUUUUUUUUUGGCGGGGGAGGUUAUUUUACUUAAAAAGAUGUUUAAUUUGUACACAUGCAGGUACUGAGAAUGCAAGAUCAUUUAUACAUUAAGUACCCAGUGCAUACUUACAGUGUCCCAGGCACUUUUAUACGUGCUCUGAACGUAUCAGUGAACAAAAUUGGUAAAACUCCACAUCUUUGUGUAGCUUACCUUCUAGUGGAGAAUGACAUUAAGCAAAUGUAGUCUGGUUAUCCCUUGGUAUCUGGGUAGUUGGUUUCAGGACCCUUUAUAGAUAGCAAGGUCCUUGGAUGCUCAAGUCCCUAAUAUAAAAUGGACAGUAUUUGGAUAUUGCCUGUGUACGUCCUCCUAUAUACUUUAAAUAAUCUCUAGAUUACUUAUAAUACCUAAUACAAUGUAAAUGAGCUGUAUAAAUAGUUGUUGUCCCGUAUUGUAUAGGGAAUAAUGGCAAGAAAAAAGUCUAUGUGUUCAUUACAGAUGCAUUUCUUUUCUGAAUAGUUUCAAUCCAUGGUUGGUUGAAUGCAUGGAUGCAGAACCCAUGGAUGCAGAGGGCUGUUAAAUAAAAACAUUAUAACGACAAAACAGGGAAGGGAGUUGCACCUGAGGAGUAGGGUUAGGUUGCUGUUUAAAUGGAGUGGUCAAGGAAAGCUUCACAAAGUA